AAUUCAGUUCAAGAAGGGGGAGAGUCUAGCUCGGAGUGUGAGAAAGCAAGAGAGUGUGUAUUUGAGUAGGCUAUGUGCUGUAUGUAAGGAUAUAGUUUGACGGGUGUGCAGUUUGAAAGGAAAAGUUUUGUCUUUGGCUCAGUUGGAUUCGAAACCUCAACGAGAUUGGAAGCCAUACAGCUGAGAGUGUUCCAUCUCCCAGGCUGAAAAAAUAUUAAUGGAAAAGGGAGAUAUAUUUUUUUGAUCUUUUUGUGCCCUGUGUUUGCAGUCCCCGAAUUUUCUAUCGGUGGAAGCCAAAUUCCUAGUAUUUGCCAAUAUACUCUGUGAUAUGAUUUGAGAACAAAAUCAAGAUCUACUUAAGAAACAAAAUUUGUGAGUGUGACCAAACCCAAAAGAGUGUGUUAAUUGUGAAUUGUUUGAGUGAAUCGCAACAAAGAAGACUAAAAGAAGAUGGCAUUCAGAGUGGUUGGUUUAUUGAUCCGCCAGGAGCUGUCCUCCCUUGGCGGUAAAUCGACAACGCGCAUGAUCAGUACCGGUGCGGUACGAUCCGCACGUAUCCUUCAGGAAUCGCCUAAUGCCUACAUGAACAAAACGCUGUUGGACCGUUUUCACAAGCUCAAGUACGAUCCCAAGUACGUGCAGGCCACGUAUGUCUGGAUCGAUGGCACCGGUGAAAAUGUUCGCCUAAAGGAUCGUGUGCUGGACUACAUCCCAAAGAAGCCAGAAGAAGUGCCCAACUGGCAAUACGAUGGUAGCUCAACCUAUCAAGCUCUGGGCGGCAACUCUGAUAUCAAGUUGGUACCCCGUGCUUUGUACAAAGAUCCGUUCAAGCCAGGACCAAACGAUCUGAUUGUGCUGUGCGACACGUACCAGCCGGACGGAAAGCCUACAGAAUCCAACAAACGUGCUCUGAUGCAAGAUGCGUACAAUAAAUCGAAAGACUAUGAACCAUGGUUUGGAAUUGAGCAGGAAUACACGUUCCUAGAUAUUGACGGUAGGCCAUUGGGAUGGCCAACGGCAGGAUUCCCAGGACCCCAGGGACCAUACUACUGUGCCACCGGUGCACAGAACGUUGUUGGCCGUGACAUCGCCGAAGCACAUGCCCUCGCCUGCCUCUACGCUGGAGUUGACUUUGCCGGAACCAACGCUGAAGUCAUGCCAGCUCAGUGGGAAUUCCAGGUUGGACCAAAUCUAGGAAUGAAGUGCGCCGACGACAUCUGGAUUGCUCGAUACCUGCUGUGGCGCAUCGCCGAGGACUACGGAGUGGUCGUCACUUUCGACCCCAAACCAAUGGAAGGAAACUGGAACGGUGCUGGAGGCCAUUGCAACUUCUCCACCAAACAGAUGCGAGCGGAAAAUGGCAUCGAAGCCAUCAAGGCCGCUAUCGAGAAACUGUCCAAGCAGCAUGCCAAGCAUAUCAAGGCCUACGAUCCACGAGGAGGAAAGGACAACGAACGACGCUUGGUCGGCCGUCUCGAGACUUCGUCCAUCGACAAGUUCAGCUGGGGUGUUGCUGACCGUUCAACCAGUGUUCGCAUUCCACGAGGCGUCGCCGAUGCCAACAAGGGCUACCUCGAGGACAGACGUCCUAGCUCAAACUGUGAUCCGUACAGCGUUUGCCAUGCCAUCCUCGAGACCUGCCUGGUUGAGUAAAACUGCUAUCCAGUCGUGUACGAAAACCAUCAAAAUCAAACCCAUUUAACCAGAAUAUCCACUUAUCGCAAUCGUGUACUACUGAGGCAAACUAAAUAGAAACUACAUAUAUUUUCAUAUAAAUUGUCAUGCCCAACUAGCAUUUGUUAUCAUUAUGUGUCAAAGCGUCUAUAAACAGAAUCUACUUACAAACAACCGUAAAGAAAGAUGGCAUUUUCAUAUAUACGUAUUCUUGGAACUGAAAGAUAUUACAGAUGUUAUAGCUGAUUGUACACAAACACUUAUUAACAAGCAUAAGCAUACAGACAAACAAAUGACAAGAUAAGCAGAAAAGUGGCCAAAGUUAGUACAUUUUCACAAAACCUCGGUUAUCAUUCUGUUUUCUCCCCGCGGUAGUGUAUGCACGAUCAGAUAGAGAGAAAAAAGCAAGUGCCCGACAUUUGUCGAUUAGGAAUUGAAGUGGGAACUCAACAGCUAGGGACGUUUAUAAUAGCACACAUAAAUCUACGACGUAUGUAUACCGAUGAUUCACCUGAAUGUUGCAACCUUUACGAUUAGUUUACGUUUUAGAAAACUUUGUUUUUAUUGUUUCGGAUGAUAAAGACACAAGUGUUUUGAUUUAUCCAUCACCCAUUAACCGACUGAACGUUAUUAUUUCUCUAUGUUUUAGAUUGUAUUAAAACAUGAUGAAGCCCCCGAUAUGAUAAGUGGUAUUUUAACGAUUGGCACAAAACGAGGGCCAAACAAGCUCAUUUAAAUUAGAGACAAAUGAUUUUAUUAGCGCAAGACAGAGGUUAUAUUAUUCGCUGUUCACAACGAUAGAUGUUUAAAUUGGACUAAAUGGGUCGUGACAGGUACAUAUUAAACUAAAGAUAUCAAACCGUUUUGGAUAGCUUACAAUGUUGUAGUAUUUAAGUAAAAAAAAAUAUAGUAAGCAAAAAUACACUAAAAAACGAUAUUCAUCUCAA